UCUAAAUAGAGUUGCCUAUUUUCCACUACCCACUCUUGCACCUCAUAUUUUUGUUCAGGGAAAAGAGGUGUGGCCUCUGCUGGGAAAAUAGCUGACUUCAGAGUUGGGAGGUAUAAUUAGACAAGCUGCAGGUCUUAGGGGAAUGGAUGGACAAUCAUUCUGCAGGGACAGACAGGUUUAUUCUUUUAUAGGUUCCUGUAGAAAUCUGCAGGUAGCUAUUGACUUUGAAUUUGAUUAAGAAAGAAGACUGAAACUUUUCAUUUGGAUCCAAAGUCUGCCUGUGAUUUCAGCUAUACGGAUUAUCAACACUUGAAGCAAGCAAGGAAAGAAGGAUAUCAGUGCAGGUCCAUCUCCAGGUGUGGCUGUGGUGACCUUGGAGUGGUGGAAGAUUAUCACUUUCGACAGGUCUGCACUCAGGAACCAUCAUCUUCCCUCAGUCUGAGUGCCUCUGCCCUCUGUCUGUGUCAUUGACAGAAGCUUUGUGUUUGGAAAAGGGACUGUGUGACUGCUGAACUGACAGUUGACUCUAAUUCUUGCUACAGAGCUUAUUUCUGACCCAGUGAAAUUGUGUCAACACAUUGACCUGGGACACUUUGAGAACCAAAGCCAAGACUAUAGGGCUGUUGAUAUAACUAGGCUUUAACCAUGACUGGGAGUAGAAACAAGGCCAAAACUGAAAAAAGGGCUGGUGUAGAAGCUAAAUCAAAGAGGGAGGCUACUGGCAUAGUCAGACCUCUAGCCAAGACCCAGGCCAAAGCAAUAGCCAAGCCAGGGUUUCAGGCAAAUGCAGUGGCAGAGGUGAAGGCAAUGUCUAAGAGCAAGAUUGUUACUGAGAUGAAAGAAGGAGCCCUGACAAAUUUCAGUCCUAAUGUUGAAGAGGAAGCGACUCCAAUAUCUCAGUGUUGUUCUGUGGCUGAGGCUAGCUCUGAGUCCAAGUCCAUGUGUAAAGAUAAGGCUGGUAUUGAUACCUGGUUCUGGGCUGGGGAAGAGACCAGUGUUGGUUCCUGGUUCUGGAAUGGAGAAGAGACUGGUAAUCGUUCCAGUGCCAAGGAUGAAGGUAAAGCUGAUGAAGGUAAAGCUGAUGAAGGUAAAGCUGAUAUUGGUCCCCCAUCCUGUGCUGAAAAAUUGGAGCCUGUGGCCAGGGCUAGCUGUAAGGCUAGGCCAGGGGCUGAAGAGGAGGAGGAAGAGAACGUUAUUGGGAACUGGUUUUGGGACGGAGAUGAAACUAGUUUUGACCCUAAUCCUAAACCUGUGAGCAGAAUAGUUAGGCCCCAGCCUGUGGAUGAAAUUAAUGAAAAAAAUAGGCCCAAGGACUGGUCUGAAGUAACUAUCUGGCCCAAAGCCCCUGCUGUAACUCCAGCAGUGUUAGGAUUUAGAUCCCAAGUCCCAUCUGAGACAAGGCCUCCUUCAUAUAUUGUGCUGGCCUCAGCUGAGGAAAAUACUCAUUCUUUGCCUAUGGCAACAGUGUGUCAUUCUAAGAGCACACCCUCAUGCUCACAACCUCUCCCAGAGUACCCAUUUGGUUCUGACCCUUGCAUUCAGACCAUAGAGGAGAUUAGACGCCAAAUCAGGAUCAGGGAGGUGAAUGGGAUUAAGCCAUUUGCUUGCCCUUGCAAAAUGGAAUGUUACAUGAAUUCUGAGGAAUUUGAAAAACUUGUUACCUUGCUUAAGUCAACUACUGAUCCUCUCAUUCAUAAAAUAGCUCAAAUUGCAAUGGGGAUCAUUAAUGUUCAUCCAUUUGCCCAAGAGUUCAUUAAUGAGGUAGGUGUAGUGACACUUAUUGAAAGCUUGCUUAGUUUUCCUUCCUCUGAAAUGAGAAAAAGGGCUGUGAUUACUCUGAAUUCUCCUUCUGGGAAUGAAAGAUACCGCAAGAUUGAAUUACAUGUUAAACAUAUGUGUAAGGAAACCAUAUGUUUUCCCUUGAACUCACCUGGACAGCAGUCUGGCUUAAAAAUACUAGGGCAACUGACUACCGCUGCUAACCAUCACCAUAUUGUUGCCAGUUAUUUUUCAGAGCUUUUCAACUUGCUUUCCCAGGGAAAUCACAAAACCAGAAAUCUUGUUUUGAAAGUACUUUUGAAUAUGUCUGAAAACCCAGUUGCAGCCAGAGACAUGAUCAAUACAAAGGCAUUGGCAGCAUUAAAACUAAUCUUUAACCAGAAAGAAGCAAAAGCCAAUCUUGUUAGUGCCGUGGCCAUAUUUAUUAACAUAAAGGAGCAUAUCAGAAAGGGUUCAAUUGUAGUUGUUGAUCACUUGAGUUAUAAUACACUCAUGGCCAUUUUCCGUGAAGUUAAAGUGAUUAUUGAAACAAUGUAAAAUGAGCCAGAAAUAAACACAGAACAAUCUCCAAAUUCUGAUAGGCUGUCUGUUCUCAAACAGCCUUCCACAAUGUUUUGUUUAUUAUAGUGUGCACAUUAUGAAUUACAUGUUCAACAAUAUUACCUGUGACAGUGUCUAGGUUUCAGCUAGACCAUUUUGGGGGUAUCAAAUAAAUAUUACAUCGUGAGCUGAAAAUGUCUCUUGAUUUUUAUCUUGUGUAGAUGGGGCACUUACAUUUUACUUAAGAAAUUAGUGAACCAGUUCAUCCUAAGUAAGCUAACUUGUUCAUGAAUAUCUGCUCAGAUCCAUAUGUGGCUUCAAAUGGCAAAAAAAAAAAAAAAAAAAAAAAAAAA